ACUUAGGCCCUGGCCCGAGUCUUCCCCUUUCCGGGGAGAUAGGAUCCGCAGCACCUUACUCCCAGGGGUUUGGGGGAGAACUGAGCUCUUGCAGACCUGGGGGCUCUUACUCCCGGUGACCCGCAGCCAGAGCUGUGGAGACAGACGGCCCCCGGGGGCAGGCCCCGGCAGCCCCCGAGUCACUGCGUUCGGGAAGGUUAUUGCAGCUGUCAGAGCGCGUCUUCCUCUCCCCGGGAGCGCCAAUGUCCCUGCGGGGAGGCAGCGCCCGAUCGCCCCGUCUCCACCGGGACCGGCAAGCUGAGUAGGGGGGGGGGGAGGCCGUAGAGCACGGUUGGCUCUGGAGCCAGGAGUCCAGGCGGACGCCAUACUAGAAACUAAAAUGGCUGCCCCGGGGAAGGGAGCUCAGCUCGGGCCGUGAGGGGCUGCGCCUCCACCCGCCUCACCGACAAGGGACGUCGCCUCAGCGGGCACACCUCGGACAGGCCACACCUCCUUGCUGGAAUUUGCAGCUCUUAUGGAACCAUUUCUUUGAUGUUACAGCUUAGUAAAGCACCAGAAAUACAGUUCCUGCUUACCUGCCUCCUGUAACAAAGAGACUAUUUCUGAGCCAAACAGAAAAAUGAUAAAGUUUUUUCUCAUGGUGAACAAACAAGGUCAAACAAGACUCUCCAGGUAUUAUGAACAUGUGGAAAUUCAUAAGCGGACAAUGCUGGAAGCUGAAGUAAUCAAAAAUUGCCUUUCCCGUUCAAAAGAGCAAUGCUCUUUCAUUGAAUAUAAGGAUUUUAAGCUGGUGUACCGACAAUAUGCAGCCCUUUUCAUAGUGGUUGGAAUCAAUGAAACAGAGAAUGAGAUGGCUGUAUAUGAACUAAUUCAUAAUUUUGUGGAGGUUUUGGACAGAUAUUUCAGCAGAGUGAGUGAAUUAGAUGUAUCCUUUCCAAUAAUGUUCAACUUGGAUAGAGUGCACAUAAUUUUGGAUGAAAUGGUGUUAAAUGGCUGCAUCGUGGAAACCAACAAGAAUAGAAUUCUUGCACCUCUAUUUGUUCUUGACAAAAUGGCAGAAAGUUAGAAAGAAACAAGCCUAUUGAGGAACGUAUUUUACAAAGGAAUGUAUUCUGAAAACCCCACAACAUCUCUACAGCUAUUUUCUGAGACUUCCUAAGGUGAAAUCUUGCAGUAUUUUCAACUUGCUGGAACAUACUGAAGCAAAGAAAUCUAAUGCAUAUUCCCCUCUUUCUUUCUCCUCCAACCCCUGAACAAAAUAUGCCAUGUCAACGUAAAGGUAAAAAUUGGGAGGGGGAGGGACCAACAGGAACUUUUUCAAAGAGGCAAAUGUCAGUUGACACAGCACUUGUCUUUCUAAAAAGUAACCAUUUUGUUUUAGUAUUUGUAAUUCUGUUAGGGGAAAAAUAUUCAUGAAGCCUUGUAUGUCUGUGGCUAUACAUUACAGCUGUGCUGCUGUAGCGCUUGUAAUGUAGCUACGCUGUUGUACUGUAGACAUUUACUACAGCAACGGAAAGGGUUUUUCAGCUGCAGUAGUAAAUCCACCUACUUGAGAGGUGGGACCUAGUUGUGUCUACACUGAAGUUUAGACUUAACUAUAUUGCACAGAGUAUGAUAUUUUUCACAGCCCUGAGUGAUGUAGCUAGAGCAACUUAAGUUUUAGGUAUGAACCAGGCCUCACCUCAUUCAUUCAAAAAAAAAAAAAAAAAAAAAAAAAGGCUAUAGGGAUGGAGAAGAUGAGUUAGAAAAUAUUAGUAUAAUUCCAAGUUGUUUCAGUUCUUGCUUUAAUACUUUAUACCAUAUUAUCAUUCAAAUCUGUUUUCAUAAGUAUGUAUCUUAAGCUCUUUAACUUCUGUACCGAUAUAAGCAAUCUUCUACUAGGUCCAGUCUUCACAAGGACAGGUUUAUCCUAUAUGCUUUUGUAUAGAACCGAGUGUAAAGUUUGUGUUCACUCAAAUACUACAGUGAUGGCUGUAAUAAAGGUUACUGAAUACUAUGGAAAUUGUAACUAAACGAUUUGGACACUUAAUUCUGUUAUGUUAAUAAAAGGUUAAUUGUUCUUUAUCAUACUCAAAAGGAAGUUGCUACUUUAGUAGUUUAAUUUUCUUAGUGUAAUGUUUUAGUAUUUUGCUUAUAAACUUGAAAAUAAAGGUUCUCCUUUUCACAUCA